GAACAGCAUGGGGACUCUUGCUGGCCUAGAUUGGCAGAGGUCAAUGCCCAGUGCCUGCAGGCAUAGGGGAGCCUGCUCCCUUGCUCUUAGCAGGCAGUGAUACGCAGUGCUGAGCAGGCCGAUCCCAACAGGAAUGCCUUUGAUUUGGCAUUUCGUAACCUCACGCUUCUGCAGAUAAUGGAUGCUGGGAGCACAUCACACUGUCACUGGCAUGGGGGAAGCCUUGACAAGGCAAAUGCUUGCUCAGCACCCUCAUAUGCCCUGUGGCUCUUCAAAGAAUGCCUGAGGCCGCCCUGAGAUCAAGCCCGUGAGGAAGAGCCAUGGCACGCUUGGCACUUGCAGUCAGCCUUUGUCACGCUGCUUGCCCUCUGACACAUGGAGAUAAUGAAAAGCCAGUGGGGACAAUCUGACCCAUGAGGUGGCAGCAGUCAAGUGACCAAGCAGGGUAAUUGCUGGAGCUGAUAGAGCGACUUGGGGCUGGUGAGGAAGCGGCAUCAGCAAAACAGCCCUGCACCACGCAGGGAGGAGGCCAGGAAUUGGCUGCCAUGAGCCACGUGCCCCCAGCACGGCCGCUGCUCCCCACCCUCGCCAGCCAGGCAUAAAAGCACUGCCCGGGCUGAGUGCUGGCAUCCACCGCUCCUGCCUUGCUCUGCUCAGGAAAAGGGCUCAGCUCUCUCGCACCAAGAUGUCUUGCUACGACCUGUGCCCACCAAGAACCGGCGUUGCCGUCCCCCAGCCCAUCGCUGAGAGCUGCAACGAGCUGUGCGCCCGCCAGUGCCCCGACUCUUCAGCCUUCAUCCAGCCACCGCCUGUGGUUGUCACCUUCCCCGGCCCCAUCCUCAGCUCCUUCCCCCAGCAAGCCGUGGUGGGCUCCUCCGGAGCACCCGCCUUUGGGGGCAACCUGGGGCUGGGAGGCCUCUACGGUGCUGGGGCCACUCAGGCCUCGGGGGGUCUCUGCACCUUUGGCAGACCCUACGCUCCUGCCGCCUGCAGCCCUCUGGCUCUGCCCCGCUACAGCCAGAGGCUCUGGAACUCCUGUGGGUCCUGCUAGAGCCAGCCCCACAUUCCCCAGAGUUCCUAGGACAUCUCACCCCUAGGCCUCCUCCUUUUGUACCAUGCUUUUCCUCUCUCCAUCACACAUCUCCUCCUCCUUGCUCCUGCCUGUGCCCUAAUGCAUUAUUGCACCAGAAUCCCACAAGAAACUUCCUUGUCUCUAAAGCAGCCUUCAACUGGGAGACGUUUGAAGGAACACCUCUCCAGAAAUUGUGAAGGAAAACCUUCCGACUUGUGCCUUAUGUGUCUUUCUCCACUGCAAUAAAACAAGCCUG